ACGGCCCAACCCACGGAACCAUCCUCGUUCUUCACCUGCAUUCGGAUUUAGUCCCCGAAUCCCUUUUGCACACGCCCUCCUCCUCUCUGCUCACCCCCAAACCAAACCCAUCAAUAAAUUCCCAACAGAUUUCUUUGCAGAUCAACCACCGCAGAGAAGCAGAUACGCACAGACGAGCGAGAGCUGAUUCAGUAGCGGUAGAUCCCCAAAUCAGCGUCAGCGAGCUGCCCGACUCGAUCCCAUCGGCGGCGGCGGCAGCGGGGAUCAGCUCUGCCAUGAUGGAUCCGGAGAUGAUGCGGCUGGCGCAGGAGCAGAUGCGCCGCAUGUCCCCCGACGACCUCGCCAGGAUGCAGCAGCAGAUGAUGGCCAAUCCUGACCUGAUAAAGUUAGCAUCCGAGAGUAUGAAAAACAUGAGAACUGAGGACUUCAAACGAGCUGCUCAGCAGCUGAAUCAAACCAGGCCAGAAGAAAUGCUUAAUAUGACUGAAAAAAUUGCCAAUGCUAAGCCUGAGGAAUUUGCUGCCAUGAAGGCCCAAGCAGAUGCUCAAAUGUCAUAUGCCAUAUCUGGUGCCAAGAUGUUAAAGCAGCAGGGAAAUGAACUUCAUAGCCGUGGGCAGUACAGUGAUGCCGCUGCCAAGUACAAGCUUGCCAAGGAUAAUAUGAAGAACGUACCAUCGGCAGCUGGGCAAAAUCUGCAGUUGUUGUGUGCCCUUAAUUUAAUGUCCUGUUAUCUAAAAUCAGGGAAGUUUGUGGAAUGCAUAAAUGAAGGUUCGGAGGUUCUAACUUACGACUCGAAUAAUGUGAAAGCAUUCUACCGAAGGGGUCAAGCAUACAAAGAGCUAGGAAACUUGGAAGCUGCUGUAGCUGACUUGAGUAAGGCCCAUGAAAUUUCUCCAGAGGAUGAAACAAUUGCUGAGGUUCUGAGAGACACUGAAGAAAAACUUGCAACGGAAGGGGGAGUAGCGAACCUGCCAAAAGGAGUUGUAAUUGAAGAAGUUGUAGAAGAAGAUGCUUCAGAGCUGUCAUGCACUCAAAGGAGUUUGUCUAGUGGGUAUACUGUUUCACAGCCACAUGAAGGAGCAGAAAACCCGAGGCAAUCUGAGUCUUCAGAAAGUUUAAGAAAUGAUCCAGCUACCAUCAGGUCCUUCCAAAAUUAUGUGUCAAAUAGUGACGCUGAUGGCUUAUCACAGUUAGGCAUGCAAGGAAUGUCACCUGAGCUACUUAAAUCCGCAACGGAUAUGAUUGGCACUAUGAAACCAGAAGAACUACAAAAGAUGUUUCAGGUUGCUUCUUCUUUAAAUGGAACAAACCCUGUUGCUCCAAAUUUGGGAUCUAAUAUGCCAGAAAUGUCACCUGACAUGGUAAAUAUGGCAUCUAACAUGAUUGGAAAGAUGUCCCCUGAUGAACUGCAAAACAUGCUGGAUUUUGCUUCUAAAAUUGGUGCACCUAGUAGUGCCCCCCUGAGACCAGGGAAUAAUUUGCGAUCUUCAUCAAGGGCCACAGCGAGUACGGAUAACCUCCAACCUUCAUCUUCGCAAAAUGUUGUGGAGAAUCUUGAUGAUGUAGUAAACAGCCAAAGGAUGGACCAGCCAUCAUCCAGUUCUCCACCUUCUACAGCGGAUAUGCAAGAAACCAUGAGAAAUUCUAUGAAAGACCCUGCCAUGCGGCAGAUGCUUGCAUCCAUGAUGAAGAACAUGAGUCCAGAUACGAUGGCCAACAUGAGUGAGCAGUUUGGUAUGAAGCUGUCGAAGGAGGAUGCUGCCAAAGCCCAACAAGCUAUGUCUUCGUUAUCCCUGGAGGAUUUAGACAGAAUGAUGAAAUGGAUGGAGAGAGCACAGCAAGGAGUAGAAGUAGCAAAGAAGACAAAGAACUGGCUAUUAGGCAAGAAAGGCUUGAUCCUUGCUAUUGUUAUGCUGGUCGUGGCCUUCAUCCUCCAGCGUCUUGGAUUAAUCGGUAGGUGAUGGCCCAAACAUUCAUGUUUACCAAUGGCGGCGUGCAUCCAAAGAUCGGCUUCAUCGUGCGAAUAAUUGUUCGGCAUCCAUGCCGUGCUAAACUGCCAUGGAAAGGGCCAAAGAACUAGUUGGAUCUGCGCCCUUUUACCAUUUUGUUUAUUCUUUCGUCGUCUGUGUUCAUAAGCUGUAAGAGUCCUGUAUUCCACAGUCAAAACGGAGAAUAGAAGGAAUUGGUGCGUUACUGUUAUUAAGAUAAUAGGCUGACAUGUAAUGUUAUGUGGAUUGACAUUAUGUUAUUCUGCAUCUAAGGAUUUGCAACUUUUUAGCUGCCCAACAUGUUCAUGGAUAACAAACCAGAAGUUGUGGACCAAACUUUUUGGGGGCA